AUGGCCCAUGAGCCUAUUCAAAGCGAAGGAGAAGUCCACGCAACUGUACGAGACAUUUUGCACUCCAUGGAGUCGUCUUCCGCGUAUUUGUUUGCAUGGUCAAUUCUAACGGCAGUGCAGCGUGGCGCAUUAGGACCAGCAACCUUCGAUCUCUCCCACCGACACUGUGGCCUCGUUGACGCCUUUGUGUCGUAUCUAUGGCACGACACAUACUGCCUUACGAACCCUCCACGUCUGUGUUUUGUAGAAGGGCCAGCAAACGGACAGAGGUACACGAUCGAUACUUCCAAGCCCGUAUGGCAUCUAGCGGUGAUCGCGAUGGCAGAAGACCUGGGCUGCAGCGGCCUGUACGAGACUGCCAUUGAAAAGCUUCGAGAUUCUUUGAAGGUUGACAUCGGCGUGGACUGUUUCAUCGACCUUGUGGAGCAUGCCUUCAACAAAGGGGUUGUCAAGGACCAGCGGGGAUAA